AUGCUGGAGGACUGGCGCUCUCUGGCCAGUAAGAAGCGCCGCGGCGGGGAGUCUCAGGAGGGGAGCGUGAAGGUGCUGCUGGUGGCCGCCUACUCUUUGAUCAUCGUGAUCUCCCUGUUCGGGAACACACUGGUGUGCCAUGUGCUGGUGAAAAACAAGCGCAACCAGUCCGCCACGAGCUUGUUUAUCAUGAACCUCGCCGUGGCUGACAUCUUCAUCACUGUCCUCAACACGCCUUUCACUUUGGUCCGAUUCGUGAACAGCACCUGGGUGUUUGGGAGGACAAUGUGUCAUAUCAGCCGCUUUGUGCAGUACUGCUCCCUGCACGUCUCCACUCUCACACUGACUGCCAUCGCACUGGACCGACGACAGGUGAUCUUACAUCCUUUGAGACCUCGCAUGUCCCUAGCUCAAGGUGGCGUUUGGGUUGCUGUUAUCUGGAUAAUGGCCACCUGCUUCUCCCUCCCACACGCAAUCUACCAAAAACUCCUGACUUUUACAUACAGUAAGGAGAAGGAGCGCAGCCUGUGUGUCCCAGACUUCCCAGAGCCAUCAGAUGUCUACUGGCAGUAUAUUGACCUCCUGACCUUCAUAUUGCUUUACAUGCUGCCACUCCUUAUCAUCACUGCCUCCUACACCACAGUGGCCUGUCGGCUGUGGCGCCACAAUGCCAUCGGUGACACCACAACAGCUCAGCACGCCACGCAGAGAAGAAAGCGCCGGCGGACAUUGGCCAUGCUGCUCCUGGUGGUCGGGGUGUUCGCUGUCUGCUGGUUCCCCCUCAACUGCUAUGUGGUGCUGCUGUCCAGCCAGGCCAUCCACUCCUCCAACGCCUUGUACUUCUGCUUUCACUGGCUGGCUAUGAGCUCCACCUGCUACAACCCUUUCAUCUACUGCUGCCUGAAUCCUACCUUCCGCCAGGAGCUCCGGCUCCUCUUUGACAUGUGCAGGAGGAGACAGAGGGCUGUGGUAGGGCUGGAGCCUGAGCUCCGUCCUGCAGCCAUCUGCGCUCCUCGUCACAGGACUGCCUGGCCAGACAACCAUGAAUUCUCGAGGCCAAGGCAUGAUUUACCAGACCCGGGCCACGCCUCUUCACAGCAGGCGCUCACAGGGAGAACUGACAUCCUCUCAGUGGAGCCCAUCGUGGCUGUGAGCUGA